UGACAGACGUUUCGGAACAGGUGUGCCAAGUUAUAACUUAGCCUUUGUUCAGGUUUUGGUUUCCAGUUUGUUAUGUUAUAGGAGUUGAAAUCUUCAAGAAUGUGUGUUUUAUUUCUCUAUUUCAAUGACACACCAGAACCCAACAAAUACAGAUUGAUUAUUGCUAGUAACAGAGAUGAAUUUUGGGAUCGAGCGACCAAGCCACUAGAUUACUGGGAUCACGACAAGAACUGCAUGAGUGGGCAAGAUUGUCAUAAAGAGAAUGUGGGAGGAAGCACUUGGCUGGGAAUGUCUAAAACUGGGAAAGUUGGAGUACUUCUAAACAUACUAGGGUUCAAUGACAUUCAUAAAGAGAGCAGAGGACAUUUAGUCAGAAAUUUCCUCACUUCAGACCUAAACUGUCAUUUAUAUAUAAAACUGUGUGUACGACCAAAGAAGGAUUUAUACAAUGGUUUUCAUCUUCUACUUCUAGAUUGCAGCAGCAAGAAUACAGACGUGGCUUAUUUCAAUAACAAAGUAGAUGCUUGUAAUUGUGAAGAUAUUCCUCAAGAUAAUGAUUAUAUCUGCCUGGGGAAUUCUGUGUCUGGAAAGACACCAUGGAAAAAAGUUGCAAGAGGAAAGGAAUUAUUUAAAAAUAUCAUAAGAGACUUUAAUCACAAGGAUAAGAAAGCAGAACUAAGGAAUGAACUUGUCUCAUUGCUUCAGGAUAGUACAAGUUUUGCAGAUGAUGAGAUUUUAAAAAAACAGGCUCAAAAUAGUCAUCCAGAUGAAAGUUCAGAAGACCUAGACAGGCAUGUUCAUCGGUUGAGCUCCUUAUUUGUAAAGAUGCCUGAACAGCGUUAUGGAACCAGGACCCAUUCAAUUAUAACUGUGGACUAUGAAGGACAUUGUGAAUUUUUGGAGAAAACCCUACUUACUCCUGUAGAUGAAGAUAAUUUUCAGUGGAAGGACACUGUUUUCCAGUUUGACAUACAAUCCUGAAAGUAAAGACCGAGUAAAUCUCCAUGUGAGAACUGUAUGCUUAGCUUAAGAUACUUACAGCAUUGUUACAAAGUUAUUUUGAAACAACAAUCAUUAAAAGUUAUUAUUUGAGUAGUAUGGUCACACUGAAAUAUGUUUUGACUCGGUUGCCAAUGCCUGUCUUCAAAAUGUCAUAUUUUUUCCCCCAAAGGAUUAAUACAGUAUCGUAAUAAAUUAUUAACUGAAUAUAAUGAAUUAGAGAUACAAUGCAGUUUGUUUGGCUGUUGUUAGUAACCCCCCCUUUUUUUAGAGUGUAAAGUGUACAUCUGUGAAAGGUCAAUGUCCCAUAGUUUUAUAUAUUUUUGUAGUGAUCAUGCCUCCUAAAUGAAUACCGGUACUCACACAUAUCCCAGUUUU